GUAUCCACAGUGGUCAAAGGUUGAAUCAAAGGGAGCAAGUGACCUAAAGGCCUCAGUUCUAAUGGCGUGCUCCAAAUCUACAGUGGUCCAACGGGGCGUUGCCAUCUUGCUUACAGCCCCAAUCAGAUCACAGAUCUUGUACUCAAUGGGACCAUACUUGGGUUGGUAAGGAGGGCGUGGGACAGCACUAAAGACAGUCCCUCCCCCAGCUGGUCUCACCUCAACUGUUUGAGCUACCAUGUUGGUUAGAUGAGCUCCAAGAUUGUCCCAAAGGAACACUCUAUCAGCAUCAGUAUCGCCAGGCGCUGGAUUCUGCUCAAUAUCACUGCAAAUCUCCUCAAUAAACUGAGCAAAGGUCCAUGCUGACGUCCCCCCAGCUCUGAUCACCUCAAUCCACCUCCUUGGAUUCUGGAUACUUCCCCUGGUCUCAGGAGGAAGCCAAGGAUCCCCUGGCUCCACAGCGAAGAGAACAGUGAGCUUGUCGGUCCUCUCAUAGUGUCCUAUCUUCCUUGCUCUUCUUCUUAUGAAAGCCCAUCCAUAUCUGCAGUUUGUCCUCUGAAGGUUGAAAGCAAACUCAUCCACAUCAAUGAACUUCCUUCUAGGAAUCCCCACCACGCCAAGGGGGGGAGGAAGAUUCCAGAACCACUCGCAUCUCCUCCUGUUCCUAAACAUGAAGGCUUGGUACGCUUCAGUGGAUGCCCUCUUCCUGGUGAGCUUCAUUCCAGCCAAGCGCCUGGAGAUAUCUACUCUUGAAUAGAUCCUCCCCCCCUGAUUGUAGAUGAAUGUGGCAUACUCAUCUGCACGUUUGUUGUGUUAGUCUAGAGAGACCAUUGCCAGCUCUAAUCUUUGCUAUCUUAUCUGCUGGAUCGUUGCUCAUGAUACUGUCGACGUUGAAAGAAGCAAGUUGUCGUAAAAUAAGAGUUGCUACUGUAACACACUAAAACAAUACUUCUACUGGGUCCUUUUCUAUGGUUCAAGCAGUGUUCAAUCGAAAAUUGAAGAGAGCUAUCGAUUGAUACCAAGUACAGUGUAUAAGGUUGAGUGGAAGUGCUUGAAAUGGAGCGAUUCCCAUGGUCGGUUGCUUUGAACCGAGUAGUUUUUUUUAGAAUGAAAGAACAGUUUACAGUACUGUAAUUUAGCACGCUAAAUUAGCAAGCAGCGUGCUGGAGGGAAGUUUUCAGGUCAACCACACUAGGAGACAGUACAUUUUUGAACGAGUGAUAAAACCCUUCAAUUUUGAGCAAAAUGAGCAGUCUAACCCCCUUGAUCCACGAUUUUCUACAGGAUUUUCUACACAGCUUUGUACUAGGAUCCAUCCAAAUAGUAGAUCAAUUUUGCUCCUCGCUGAGCUGCUGGAUCAGCAGCUGCUGACCUGCCGGCGUGACACGGUGCGGGGCUAGUACUAAUCCUACGUAGGCCUACCUAGCAUAGUUGGCAACUUUCGCUGGAAGUUGACAACUUUGAUUCAAAGUUCUUAACUUUGUUUUAACGCUUUAAGUAUUAACUUGACGCGACCCCAGUUUCAAUUGUUAUGAAACUCGUAGUACCGUACGGUACGGUACACUUGCUGCGCACAGUAAAAGACUUUUAAUUAUGACCCCUGCAUGCGAGUUCAUCCAUGCCGAUGCCGGAACGAUUUAUWUGCACUCGUACUCGUACGUGAAGGAAAAAAAUACUUCUACGACUAAUACUUCGUACGUACCGUACGUAUUGUUGUAGCGCUACAGUAACGCUAGUCCGGGUAUCAGAAUUAUUUCAAAAAAAAGGUGUCGAGUCGAGACAAUUCAUACGGAAUGAUGCAACGGACACUUUUUUUUUCAAUUCAUUACUUUAAGAGAUUUUUAGUUCGAUCAAAACGAGGGAUAAACUGAUUUCAUACAACAUCAUUUAAAAGAUGAGAGGAUUCAUUUUCUUUGCACUGGUGUUAGGAUCGGUUGUAGCAACGAAAGUGAAACUUAGUUUUCGCAACCAAAGCGACGAUUAUUUGUCCUUUCAUUGGAUCCAUCCGAAAACCGGAGAAACCUCUCCUAUCAAAACAGACGCCAUACCACAUUCAGCAUUUUCUCUGAACUCCUUUCUGUCGCACAAAUUUGAAGUUCGACAAGAGAUUGAUCCCGAGACAGGUGAUUGUGGCAGUGGGGAUGACGAAGAAUGCAAAAUCGCCCAUUUCCAGGUCACUGAGGCUCCCGUGCAAAGUGAGUCUUGUGUGUUGUUGGUUCAAAAUAAUCCUUACGGUCAUUGUCAUUAUCGUCACCGUUAUCAAUAUCGAUGGUCUUGAUCGGUCGGAUGUAGCUCGUAUCACGGCUCGGCUGGAGGUACUCGUAAAGAUUGCUGCGGGAGUGCUCGAUCUUGAUAUCUUGGAGAGCAUUCCAUUUUGACACGUCCUGUGAUGGUGGUUUUUGUUUCUGAAGGUUCGUGUUCGGACUUCGUUCCGGCGGUGAUCGAGUCCUUGGUCUUUGUCGGCCCGGGACGUCUUGUUCCUAUUCCUUUCGGCCGCUACUUUCAAUGCAGCGGUCGUACGGGUAGUGGUGUUUCAUGUCAUGGUUGUCAUUGAGGGAUAACAGUUUUAUAAUGAAUUCAGCAAGGCAGAUGAAAGUUAUGUUUCUAGAUUGGCUCACAUGAUACUUUUUUGCACGCACCGUCUAUUUCUUCUAACAGCUUUCUUGAUUGAGAACGGCUUGAAAAUUGAGACAGUAGUUGAAGCACCGACUCCAGAAAGAAACGAUCUUCUUGAUCAAAUCGACUUGACCGAUGUCAAAGACCCAAGUGAUACCUUGGUGUCGUGCAAGGAACGAGCUACACAACAAUUGAAUGAAUUAGAUGGAGUCCUCGACGGAGGAGCGAUGAUGAAACAAAUCCAUAGAGAACUUCACGAUUGCAUGACUGUGGGGUUGGCUCCGCGUAUCAGAGCAUCGAAUAUUGAAGUUGAGUUUGAACGAAGUCUUCGAAUUGAAGCCUCGAUAACCGCCGAAAAUUUUACUUGUGCAGAUGUAGGCUUGCAAUCAAGUCCUGAUGUUGAGACGGAGGAAUGGGUGUCUCCAGUUGAUGGUGUCACACGAACUGUGCACAAAAAGCUUCAUCGAGCCGCAAGUCGUAUCCACGUCGUUGAAAACUUCGCAAGUAUUGAUGAAUGUAACGCUAUGGAAGCCGAAGCAGAGGAUGAUUUACAUGUUGCGUCAACUGCUGAUGGCAAAGGGGGAUCAAAAGUUUCAAAUAACCGGAAAGCCAUGCAAGCAGGUAUUAGACCUAAAUUCACAGACGAUGGACAACCACUAGACGGCAAUUUGAUCUCAAUCCUCAGUGGUCGCGUAUACGAGUACACGAAUCAUGUUCUCGAUUUGAACAUUACGCAUCAUGGACAAGAACCGGUAAGUAUCUAUGUUAUGUUUCCUCUGGAACAAAAAUACAGUUUCAUUUUCUGUCAUUUGAUUUGGGCAGGGAAAAACUUAUUGURUCGAUCUUGGUUUUUUUUCACUUUUUCAUGUUCAAGCUUAUGUCCAUUCAGUACUUCGGGAGAGGCAAACAUGAUGUAGAACCCGAUAGGUACACCCCGCACUGCGAUGGUCGUUGCAACGGGGAAAAUCAUAUUUAUGGGGGCAGAAUGGCAACUAUGGUCAUAUACUGGUGAGUUGAGCAGUGCGAUAAUGCAAUUGAGGUAGCGAUGCAAAUUUUGGGCUUGAUGCAUUGUUGCUUCUAGUUGUCGUAGAUGACUUAAUUUGAGCUACGACUCUUUUUCGGUUCCAUUUCUUUGAAAUCCUCUCUAGUACCAUUCCAGAAAAGGGAGGAUUUACCAAUUUCCAGAAUGCCAAUGUUCAUGUGAAACCAAAUAGUGGAGAUGCCGUUUUCUUCAGCUAUUUUGAUCCAUUGACGAAUGUCACAGAUUAUGGGCUUACGCAGCACUCAGGAUGCCCUGUGUAUGAAGGUGAAAAGAAGAUCAUUACCCAGUGGGUGCGCUUCGGUGUGUCCAAGGAGACUCCGCAUAGUGCAUUCAACACACGUAAGUAGUAUCGACUUUUUUUUAGUCAGAUUUGUCUUGUGAUGAUUAUAAUGAAGUUCUCUCAACAAGAUCUGUGCCGUUUCCACUUUUUGCAAACAGUAAACAUUCUCCAUGAAGAAGAUGGGGAAUAAUAUUUAGUGUACAAAAAUUGCACUUGAAAGAAAAAAGAAAUGGUCGUGCAAACUGUUGUAGAGGAACAGAGGCAUCGAGUGAACCAGUGACAUGCUGAUCAAGUAUGAAGAAUUCAGUUAAUGUUCCAUUGUUAGAUACCAAAGUCACAACAAUAUCUUCUGCUGACUCUUCAUGGCUAUCAUUUUGUCACAAAUAGAUGGAAUCUUUGAAAUUGGUUGCUGACUACCUCUUCGACCACUCCCACCAUGAACUACUCUUAUGCUGAUCACCCGACCACUGGGUAGUCCCCAUUCUAGUGCAGAAAUUCUCUGUAUUGAACCUUUUCGUUGAAGUUGAGGUUGCCAAGGUACUAGCAUCAUUAACGUAAUGUACGAUAUUACCGUACUUUUAGUGUUGUUUCUUAUUUUAGUGAAUUUGUGGAUCCACGAUUUGUUGAAAUUUUGCAACCAAUAAUUUUUUCGUUUCUAG